UUGCACCAUACCUCCUUGUUUAGUGUGCCUGCAAAGGCCCGAAACCGAUUUUGGCUGUUGGUCCGCCAAGAAGACACCAUCAAGAAUACCACCCAACCGUUGAAGAAUAAACAUUCAUCCGCCAGACAUUCCUUGUUACACUUAAGAAAGGGGCUCAGGGGGUCACCACUGGAGAAGUCUUGAUGGUGUUGAAGCUCACCGAGCCUCACCUUGUCUCAGAUGAGCUUAGCGUGGAUGUCUUACCUCGGAGCCCCACAUUCGGCAGCCCCACAGUUGACGUCCGGGUGGUGCUGCAGCUUCACGAACUCCAGAAGCAGCGAGCUCUUGGCCUUGAACAAUCGAAAGACAUUCGGAUAUCUGAGUCACAUGCCGAGAGCUUCACAUCGCCGCAUCAGCAAUCGUUUCUGUAUGAUUCAUUUUGAGUAAGAAGCUCGAUUGCCACUCAAAAGGGUAGAAGGGUUUUAUUUAUUUAUUCUUUCUCGGGGUUUCGCUUUCCAGUUUGGUCUUAUUCAACAACAACUGGUCUUGGCGCUGUUGCCACUGCUCACUUAACGACCAUCUUUCAUUUUCACCACUGACGGUCAAUACCUCAUCAACAACGAACAAAACACCAUCCCUUUUAUUUUGUUAUUGUCAAAAACAAUAUCUAGAGACGUCAGUUCAACAAGACGACAUAAUGAUACCCCACCACCCCAAACCCGGCACCAGCACAACCCACAGCACCCAAGCAGUAACCUCCCCCCCACGCCCCUCCCGCGUCGUCCCAAAACCCAUUCCCCCUCAACAAACCCUCGACACUCGAACCUACCAAAUCAACCAGCUCAAACGCCGCUAUCCCUCCCACAAGGAAACCUCGUUGCCAGGCGGCACCGGCACCUCCCUCAGCUUCAACCUCGUCCCGUCAGACCCCGACUUCCCCUUUGACCUCCCCCAGCUGGAAUGCGACCUCCACAUUCCUUCUAAAUACCCCAAGUCACCCGCCAAAUUACACGUCAAAAACUCUGAUAUCCCCCGAGGCUUCGCGAUUAACAUCGAAAAGGGAUGGGACAAGCUGGUUGAGGAACGGAAGGGGGGAGGCGGGACGCUGUUGAGUCUGGUAAAUGGGCUUGACAAGAGAUUAGAGGGGUUGCUGAGCGAGGAGAAGGCCGAGACGGUGAAAUUGACGAUUUUUAAAGACACCAGACACCUGGAUCGACAGCGAGUGGAGGAGGAGGAGGAGGAGGUGUCAAAAACUGAACCGGUUGUUGUGCCUCCUGUUAGGAGAGCUUAUAUCCCCUUGGAGACCUUCACGCAAGCCCAGAUUGCAGAGGCGAAAGCCCGGCGCGCGCAGGAAGUUAGACAGCUCGAGGCAAGAAUGGGGCGGUUACAGCAUUAUCACCGGUCGAGUGAUGGGAUUAUUUACACGUUGCCUCUUGAUCCGAAGAAGAGGGCCGAGUUACCGGGGGAGUUGAAGGGGGUCAUGUCGGUGCAGUUGGUUGUGCCGUUGUUGUAUCCGUUGCAGAAUUUGAGGGUGCUGCUGAAUGAUGUUGAGGGAGGGAAGGAAGGGGAGGAGCUGGCGGAGGGGGUGAAGGAGGUUGAGGUUAGGGAGGCGGAGCAUGCUGCUAGUGUUGAGAGGGUUGGGCAGGUGGAUAGGGGGCAUUUGCAUGUUAUUCCCAGGCCGCCGGAGUGGGGGUUUGGAGAUGAUGGGACAGAAUCUUCUAACUACGACUCUGAGGAUGAGGAUGAUGAGGGUGGUGCUGAGCUUGGGAAGGAUAGCGAGGAAAUGGGGGGGUCGCCACUGCCUACUCGGACGAUUGAGAAGGGGACAGCGAUGUUAUUCCCUUCGAUUGAACUGCAUGGGAUUGAGCUGCUUCAGGUGUCGGUUCUGAGCCUCAAUGUCAAGUGCGAUCGUUGCAAGACGCUGAACGAAGUCACGGGGCUGAAGAAUAACCUGGAUAAGGCGAGCAGCUGCAAAAAGUGUGCCACUGCUUUUACUGUUGGGUAUCGGCAAGAGCUGGUGCACAUGAACUCCACAAGGGCGGGCUUCAUUGAUGCUACUGGGUGUACAGUUGCCGAUUUGUUACCAAGCACCUUUGUCCCAACAUGCGGCAAAUGCUCCCACCCCUCUCUCGGCCUCGUCUCCGUCCGCGGCGAGACAACGACCAACAUCUGCCGGGAAUGCCACGCCCGCUUCGCCUUCAAGAUCCCCGACGUCAAAUUCCUCGACUACGCCCCCGGCAUGCACACUAGGCUACCGCCUACCUCUGGUCCUCGCCGCAAGACAGAAAAACUGGGUCUUCACGCUGGUGAACCUCUCCCGGAAAAGGGGUCCUGCCAGCACUACAAGAAGAGCUACAGAUGGUUCCGGUUUUCGUGCUGCUCAAAGGUGUAUCCGUGUGACAAGUGCCACGAUGCGGCUGAGGAGCACAUCAAUGAGUGGGCGAACAGGAUGAUUUGCGGGUGGUGUUCACGGGAGCAGAAUUACAGUGUGGAGAGUUGUGCGUUUUGCGGAAGGAGCGUGAUUGGGAAGAGGGGCAGUGGGUAUUGGGAGGGGGGGAAGGGGACGAGGGAUAAGAGGUUGAUGAGGAGGGGGGAUAAGAGAAAGUAUAGACGGGUGGGAGGGGGGGAGACGAGGAAGGAUUGA